AUGGUUUUGCUUUUUGUGCUCUUUGUGCUUGGUGCAUUGUACUACUUUUAUUAUUUCGGCUUUUUCAAUCGCACGAGAUCAGCUCUAAUUAAUAGGAUACCAGGGCCAAAGGGCCUACCGGUUAUUGGUAAUCUUUUGUUGGGAUUAACACCGGCAGACAAAAUAUGGGAUGUGCUGAAUAACGAGACUAUUAAAUACUGGCCAACCGCUAAAUUGAAGCUCGGUUCCUACGCUUUGGUCGGAAUUAGCGAUGUUGAUGACGUUGAGACCGUGCUGUCGAGCCAGAAACACAUUGAAAAAGGAUCUUCUUACGAAAAAUUGCACGGCUGGCUGGAAACUGGACUUUUGACCGCCACGGGGGAUAAAUGGCGUCAGCGUCGCAGAAUAUUAACGCCGGCUUUUCACUUUAACAUACUAAAAAAGUACAAUGAAAUUACCAAUGAAAAUAGCGAAAAGUUCGUGCAGGCACUCAAACAGGAGGGCGAUGAAACUAUUCAAACAUUGAGCCCGCUUUGCUCCAAGUACACAUUGAACAUCAUUUGCGAAUCGGCAAUGGGAGUGAGUCUUGAGGACGUUAAAGACGAAGGUGCCCUGAAAUACAAGAAAGCCGUUCAUACAAUGGGUAAUAUUGUUGUGUACAGAAUAUUGAGGCCAUACAUCACAGACCGGGUAAUGAAAUGUAUGUGGUGGCUGCAAAGCCUGCAAGAUCGAACUUUAGCCACGCUCCACCAAUUUUCGAACAAGGUUCUGAGAGAGAGGAAAGAGUAUCAUAAAAAUACGCAGUAUAAGUUCUUGAAGACUCUGAACGAGGACGUCGAUGUAGACCGUGACGAGGUUUAUAGCGGGAAAAAGAAAAGAUUGGCUAUGCUGGAUUUGUUGUUGUCGGCUCAAAUGGAUAAUUUGAUAGAUGAUCGAGGCAUUCAGGAAGAAGUAGACACAUUUAUGUUCGAAGGUCACGAUACGACAGGCAUGGCGAUGACUUAUGCCAUAUUAUUAUUGGCAGAGAACGAAGACGCACAGGAAAGAGCAAGAGAAGAGGUGACGGCUGUAUUAGAUAAGUCAAAUGGCAAUCUUGGAGCUGCCGAGCUUCAAGAGCUGACUUACCUCGAACGUUGCAUUAAGGAAUCAAUGCGCCUUUUUCCACCAGUAUCGAUCAUGUCACGAUACUUGAGGGAAGAUUUGCAAUUGAAAGAAUACCUGAUACCUGCCGAAACCGAAGUCUUUUUCCAGCUCUAUCGAAUUCACAGGGAUCCAAAUUUGUGGCCGGAACCUUCGAAAUUCGAUCCCGACAGAUUUCUUCCCGAGCUUAUUUCCACCCGACAUCCGUAUUCUUACAUACCUUUCAGCGCCGGUCCUCGUAAUUGCAUAGGACAAAAAUUCGCGCUCAUGGAACUAAAAUCGCUAAUAGGCCGAUUAUUGUACAAUUUUAAAUUGGAGCCAAUCGAUCGAACAGCAGAUUUGAAAUUGGGUUUAGACAUAAUUUUGCGUCCGAUGCACCCUGUGAGGACCAAGUUUAUUAGAAUAAGAUAA